ACUCAAUAUCAGUUACAUGGUCGACUCGCGCACAAUCGCUUUAUAGCUGUUUUACCAAAUUAUAUAGAAAAACGUAUGUUAUGUUAUGCUAGUGUACUACAAGGAUAUAACAAACGUGUGAGAAUUGGCUCUGAAUCAAAACACAAUUCUUGGCAACGUCAUUUUACUAAGUGUCUGCUACAAACACGGGAUUUAUGAAUUUGAUAGAAAGUAAGACUGUGACGUCAAUAGCAUAGCAUGGUUCUGUAAUAAACUGUUCGUCUGGGCGAUCAAUUCCUGUGAAGUCAUAUCAGACAAACUAUGAGCAUGCCGAAAUCACCGCGUUCAAGUACUUCUGAUAACCUUCUUCAACUGAAUCUGAAAGACCACUACGAGGUUCUGCGAGACCUUGGUAGAGGCACAUACGGAAAAGUAGUUCUUGCAAAAUGCAUGGAGACAGGAACAAAUGUCGCUUUGAAGGUAUUACCAAAAAGCUCCACUAAGCUACGAGAGUUUCAGAGGGAAUUUCAAUACAGUUAUUUCUUGUCUCCUCACAGUAACAUUGUCGAUUCAUACAAUGUAGCCUUUGAAACUAGAAGUUCUUAUGUUUUCGCGCAGGAGUUUGCUCCUGUUGGGGAUUUGUUCGAUGCCAUUCCGCCACAAGUUGGUAUGAAGGAAAGAGACGUUAAACUGGUUGUGAAGCAAAUAGCAUCAGCUUUAGAAUUUAUGCACAGUAAACAACUUGUGCAUCGUGAUAUUAAACCAGAAAAUGUUUUGAUUUUCGAAGCAGACUUUAAUAAAGUGAAACUCAUGGACUUUGGAAUGACGCGGAAAGACGGCACUGUGAUAAGAAAAACAAACGGAAGUAUUCCGUAUACACCACCUGAGAUUUGUGAAGCCGUCCGGAAUGAAAAUAUAACUGUUUCAGCAAGUGGGGAUGUUUGGGCAUUUGGAGUGCUUUUAUUUUGUAUGCUUACCGGAAAUUUCCCUUGGGAAAAUGCAGAUAUUGGUGAUAUAUACUUUAGUGAAUUUGUAACUUGGCAGCGUCGGAAAACUUCGAAAAUACCGUCGCAAUGGAAAAGGUUUACGCCUAAAUUUCUGAGAUACUUCAGAAAAGUUUUAGAUAUAAAACCGGAGCGACGUUGUGAUGUGAAAGAAAUUACUAAAUAUCUCAAUGACAAUUGGUUGCUACCGUGCCGCAAUUCAGACGACUCAACGGAAGAAGAUGAGGACGAGUGCGCAUCCGGAAGUGAUCCAGCGGAUAACUUGGCUCUCAUCCUGCAAAAUCAUGGUAUUGAUACAAAAGUUGACAAACAUUUGAGAGACGUUAGAAUAUCAGAAUGGUUGUUAUCUCUGUGACUAGUAAAAGACCUCCAGUCGUUACAUCAUUACCAUGCUAGCAAAAUUCGGUGCUUUCUUUGUGACUCAAGCGUGCGGUUGGUGUUAGUGACGCUGACAUUUAUAAGCGUAAUUGUGAUGCUAUUUAAGUGAUUAUCGUGCAAAUAUAUAAAUCUAUUGUAAAUACAAUUGUAUUGAAUUGUUAUUACCGGUAUCUAUGUAUGAAACAAUAUAAGUAUAGGCGAUAAGCAUGUGUCAUUGACGUCGAGUUUACAUUCCUAUUUUCACAAAUUAUUAUGUUAUGAAAUAAACAGCAAUGUAUUGUAUUGUCUAUAUCAAGAAAAUGUAAAAUAAUACUAAAAUACGAGUAUGUCUAUUCCAAAAAUAUUCCUCAAUAGAUAAAUGCUUUACCUUUACAGAAUUACUUUGGUUUAUGUAAUAAAUCGAUGAAAUAUGAA